AUGGCAGCUCAAGUCCCCACGGAGGCGCUCAAGGAGCUCAAGGUGGCUCAAGUCGACGCCAAGGCGAACGGCCAAGGCGCGAAGCCGACCCCGACGGCGGCCGAGGACGAUCACGGCGACGACUCCGACGACGACGCCGAGGACAACGCCGCGGCCGACGGUGCUCCCGGGGCGGCGAAGAAGAAGAAGAAGAGAAAGCCGAAGAAGAAGAAGAAGGCUGCGACGGCCCAGUCGGAGCCGCCCCGGGUAAGGGUCAGCCAGCUCUUCCCGAACCAGAGCUACCCGAAGGGCAAGGAAGUCGAGUACAAGGACGAGAAUGGGUACCGAACGACCAACGAGGAGAAGCGACACCUCGACAACAUGAACGCCGACUUCCUCGCCGACUACCGUGAGGCGGCCGAGAUCCACCGCCAGGUCCGACAGUACGCGAAGAAGACGAUCAGGCCGGGCCAGACGCUCACCGAGAUCGCCGAGAUGAUCGAGGACGGCGUCCGGGCGCUCACGGGACACGACGGCCUGGCCGAGGGCGACGCCAUGAAGGCCGGCAUGGGCUUCCCCUGCGGCCUGAGCCUGAACCACUGCGCGGCCCACUACACGCCCAACGCCGGCAACAAGAUGGUGCUGUCGCACGAGGACGUGAUGAAGGUCGACUUUGGCGUCCACGUCAACGGCCGCAUCGUCGACUCGGCCUUCACCGUCGCCUUCGACAGCAAGUACGACAACCUUCUCCAGGCCGUCCAGGAGGCAACCAACGCGGGCAUCCGCGAGGCCGGCAUCGACGCCCGCGUCGGCGAGAUCGGCGGCAUCAUCCAGGAGACGAUGGAGAGCUUCGAGGUCGAGAUUGACGGGACGAUGCAUCCCGUCAAGAGCAUCCGCAACCUCACGGGUCACAACAUCCUGCCGUACAGCAUCCACGGCACCAAAGCCGUGCCCAUCGUGAAGAGCAACGACCAGACCAAGAUGGAGGAGGGCGACGUCUUCGCCAUCGAGACCUUUGGCAGCACCGGCAACGGCUACGUCCGGGACGAGGGCGAGGUCUCCCACUACGCCAAGAACACCGAGGUCCAGCACGUGGACCUGCGCCUGAGCUCGGCCAAGUCGCUCCUGAGCGUCAUCAACAAGAACUUUGGCACCCUGCCGUUCUGCCGACGAUACCUGGAUCGCAUCGGGCAGGAAAAGUACCUCUUGGGCCUGAACAGCCUCGUGAACAAUGGCAUUGUCGAGGCGUACCCGCCCUUGUGUGACAAGAAGGGCUCCUACACGGCCCAAUUCGAGCACACUAUCCUGAUCCGACCGACGGUGAAGGAGGUCAUCAGCCGCGGUGACGACUACUAG